AUCCUUUGGGAGCCGGGGAGCGAGGCGGCCGCACGGUAGGGAUCUGCUGGGUGCCGCAGGCCGGGAAGGGCUGAGCGGGGCGGGGGGCGGCCGGAGGGGCGACGGCAGUGCGCUCCGCACGGAGCGGGGCGGCGUCUGAGCUGCGGGCUGGGUGCCGUGCUGCCUGCCGGCAGCUUUCUGUCCCGAGCGGAACGUUUUCGUAGCUAAUUGUGAGGCUUGCGAGUAGCGAAUAAAGCCGCUGAAAGAUCCGGGUGUGAAAACCGUGGCUGUCGUUUGUUUGUUUGUUUGUUUUUGUUUUUUUUUUUUUUGUCCGCCCCUCCGUUGGUCCGAAUCGCCGCACCAGAUUUGGAAGGCGGGUUGGGGGGGGGGGGGAAACGAGCGGAUUGUUUUCUGGUGAUCUCAGACGCCGAUGUUCUGUGCUGCGGGAGAGCCGGGAGGCGCGCGCUGGGGCAGCCGCAGGGAAGGCUGCUCCGUGCUGGCCGUGCUCGGCUCGUUGCGUCGGGGCUCCGCACUCGAAGAACGCGGCGCUGUGCGAGGCUCCGGCGGCACGACGCCUCUCGCUGACGGGGAGCGGGGGAGGUGUCGAAGGACGGCCGCGGCUGUUCCUCUGCCAGCAGCCUUGGGAGCUUGCGCUUGCGCUCGGCUGCGGCUCGCGGUGUCGGCGGGCCGAUGUGCGGUUGCGUGCGGCUGUCGGUGCGCCGCGUGCUUGGAAACGCGGCCGGGCGUGUAACGCUGUGCGUGGCAGGUGGAGGGCUGCAGGUGCUCCGCAGGGACCCCUCGCCGCCGCCUGGACAGCACGCACUGCUUCUGCCGUCAGAGAGAUUCGAGCUGAACUUCUUGGUGGUGCGAAAUCACACCUUUUGAUCUGCUCCGAGCAUCAGCUCUUGUGUUGGGUCCGUCUGGGGUGCCGGGUUUGCCCGAUCCGCCGUGCGCUGCCUCCUGCAGCGUGUGCCCAUCUGGCUCUCCCGUAUCCGUACCUCUGUGCUUUACACCGUUCUGGUUGCCCGGAGUGGGAGAUCACAGAUAUGUUUUGUGUGGCUCCAUGCCACGCUGCCGGGAUCACAGCUUUUGGUGUUCCUCUCCCUCCCCGGCUGUGCCCUCUGCAAAACUUGUGCUGGACAACUCUAAGAGCUGUCCAAAGCCAAGUGUGUUAGUUUGCCUGUUACGAAGGCCUCAUACGAGGGAGCCCCUAAGGAUUGCUUCACUCUCCCCACGGUUUCCCCUGUGUAAAGCCAGUGCGUGUCAGCCUGGUGUGGUGAACAGCAGCAAGAAAGCAAGAUGGGUUAUGCACCUGUUUGCUUGGAAAGGACUCCUGACUCCAGGGCAAAGCUGGGGACAAACCUCUGACCACUGUGACAGAGCUGCUGUCUCACAAGUGCCUGGGCAGGGCUGUGCUCCGAAUCCUCAGGUCCUGGGGAGGACCUCUGCAGAAAUCCACCCCGCUGACCACCCCGAGAGCUGCUCCGUGCCACCUGCUUGCAGCAGCCAGGUGACGUCUGCCCGGCAUGCCGGCGGCCUGGGAAGCAUGAGGCUGUGGUGCUGGGAGCCCUGAGGAGCGCCAGGCUCACAGGAGGGAUGUUACGGUGGGCGGUGCACCUGGAAGGCGGGCCGCGCAGGGUGAACCACGCGGCCGUGGCUGUGGGGCACAAGGUGUACUCCUUUGGUGGGUAUUGCUCCGGAGAAGACUAUGAGACGCUGCGGCAGAUCGACGUCCACGUUUUUAAUGCAGUGUCCCUGCGCUGGAUCAAGCUGCCUCCAGUGUGGACAAACAGCCGUGAUCAAGUGAGAGAGGUGCCCUACAUGAGGUAUGGGCACUCAGCAGUGCUCAUCGACGACAUCGUCUACAUAUGGGGAGGCCGCAACGACACGGAGGGAGCCUGCAAUGUGCUCUAUGCCUUUGAUGUCAACACGCACAAGUGGUUCACGCCAAAGGUGUCUGGAAUGGUCCCAGGAGCAAGAGACGGGCACUCAGCUUGUGUCCUGGCAAAGAGCAUGUUUAUCUUUGGAGGCUACGAACAGCUGGCCGACUGCUUUUCAAAUGACAUCCAUAAAUUGGACACCACAAACAUGAUGUGGACCUUAAUCUCUGCCAAGGGUACACCAGCUCGCUGGAGAGACUUCCAUUCAGCUACCAUCAUUGGAACAAAGAUGUAUGUAUUUGGGGGCAGAGCUGACCGUUUUGGGCCAUUUCACUCCAACAACGAGAUCUACUGUAACCGCAUCAAAGUGUUUGAUACAGAAACAAACUCCUGGCUGGACUCCCCUCCCACUCCAGUGCUUCCUGAAGGCCGGCGGAGCCAUUCGGCAUUCAGCUACAAUGGGGAGCUCUACGUAUUUGGUGGCUACAACGCACGCCUGAACAGACACUUCCAUGAUCUCUGGAAAUUCAAUCCAGUUUCCCUUUCAUGGAGGAAGAUUGAGCCCAAGGGGAAAGGCCCGUGUCCUCGACGCCGGCAGUGCUGCUGCAGAGUAGGGGACAAAAUCAUCCUCUUUGGAGGCACCAGCCCAUCUCCGGAGGAGGGCAUGGGCGAUGAAUUUGACCUGAUGGACCACUCAGAUCUCUACAUCCUCGACUUCAGUACUGCCCAGAUGAGGACUGCUGUGGCUAACCGCCCUCUAUCCACAGGCCCUAGCCUAAAGACGUUGUGUAAGCUAGCAGUGAUCCAGUACAGCCUGGACCAGUCCUGCCUUCCCCACGACAUCAGAUGGGAGCUCUCAGCCAUGACAACGAACAGCACCAUCAGCCGUCCCAUUGUCUCCUCGCAGGGCUGAUGCUGGCUCAUCCCUCUGUCACCCUGUACUCACCCCUCCACACACUGACCUCUUGCUCCACUGCCUGCAUGAAUUUUUAGCCCUUUCAAGCAAGGAACCUAUGUGAGCUCCGUUUGUCUUGCCCCAGCCAGGCCUCCUUGGGCCCUUGUCACGUUCAGGGCAGCAUGGGUGUGCAGGCAGAGCAGGCCCCUGGGGAAGAAAUCUGCGUGCCCCAGCAGCACAACUGUGAACCCCCGUCCUCGCCUGAAGAGCUACAGCCGCACUGGCCUGGUGCCUUGCCAGUAAGGGCCUGAAUUGACUCCUGCUGCCGGCUCCAGGCUCGGAACUAUUCCUGUGCUGCCUCCUAAUCAUGAUGACAUUUGUGCCUGCACCCAUUGGUGCUGAGCUGCCCCCAGCACUGGCUUGCAGGCCCAGGGUGGAGCUGAGCCCCUGCACCCGACAUAGGGGCUCUGCUGCCUGGCUCAGGUUGUAACACAGUGACCAGUGGGCGUUUUAUAAACACUGAGGUGGAAGUGGC